AUGGAAAUGGCAUUAAGGUCCAAGAACAAGAUGAGCUUUGUGAAUGGGCUUGUGGCUGCUCUAAACAAGCUUGAUCCAAGAUAUUACUACUGGGAACGAUGCAACACAAUGCUCUUGUCAUGGAUUCUGAGGGCUCUAUCUCCCACUAUAGCCACCUGUGUACUUUGGAUCAACACGGCUGAAGGAGUGUGGAAGGACUUGAAGAAGAGAUUUAGUCAUCAAGGCAAGGUAACUCUACUCAUGUCUGAGAAAGUAAAGACACAUUUGGAAAAUGAUAUGUUGUCUGCCUUCCUUAUUGGCCUAAAUGAUAGUUAUACAAACACUAGACGACAGAUUAUGUUAAUGAAACCCCUGCCUGAUGUUGGUGAGGCUUUCUCUAUGGUUUCACAACAAGAGAGACAAAAACAUGACUAUCCCCCUGGUUGGAAGCCAAGAAACAAGGGCAUGAGUUCUGUUAAUCAAGUGCAGGGACCUAUGCAAGAGUCUGUCAGCUCUGGCAGUUUAAAAAUCAGUUCUUCCUUUACUCAAGAGGACUACAGAAGGUUCUUUGAAUUCAUUCAGCAGGAGAAAAUCAGGGCUAAUACUCCACUUGGUCCUAAUCCACAAGUCAAUACCAUAGCAGCUAACUUCAUUCCCAACACUCAGUUUGAAGAGGUGUCACACAUUGGGACUGUCCACUUGUCUGCUGAUUUGACUUUGCAGAAUGUCCUAUGUGUUCCUUUAUUUCACUAUAAUCUCAUCUCUUUAAUUGGGAGAGCUUCUGAGAGUUUCUGGCAUGCUAGACUAGGGCAUUCUUCAGAAGAAAAACUAAAAGCUCUUCAUGCUUUAGACAACAAAAUUUGUAAUGACAAGCCCACAGCUUGUGAAUGUUGCCAUAUGGCUAAGCAAAAAAGAUUUCCUUUCCAGUCUAGCUCAUCUGUUUCUAGUCACUGUUUUGACCUUGUUCAUAUUGAUAUAUGGGGUCCUUUUCAUGUUGCAACUAUUUAUGGUCACAAAUACUUCUUAACCUUGGUGGAUGAUCAUAACAGGGCCACUUGGGUUUACCUCAUGAGGAACAAGAGUGAAGUAAAACACAUUAUGCACAAUUUCUAUGAACUAAUCAACACACAGUUUGGGAAGAACAUUAAGUGUAUCAGGGAUGUCUCAUUCCAUGAGAACAUCUUUUCUUUCCAGAAUUCACAAAUCAAGAAGCCUUCCAACUUGAUUCUACCCUCAGAGGAUGUGUCUCAGUUAAGAUAUGAUGAGGACACUAUCAUGCCUGCUAAUGAUAUCACAGCCGAUUCACCUGGUUCACCUGAGAUUCCUUCUGAUGUUCCAGUUCAGGACAACAAUCUUGGCAACAUAGAAUCAACAACACCAAAGCCAAGAAGAUCAACAAGAACCAGAACUAAGCCUGCCUACCUUGAUGAUUAUACCUGCCAGAAUGUUAUCAGGAGAACAUCUCCACAUGACAUGUAA